CAUGGCAAAAUUCUGCUUUGAAUGUAGAAAAAAAAUUAAUAAACUAAAACAAGGAACAUGUUCUCAUUGUUCUCACAAACUUCAUUGGACAUGCUUAUCAGAUGGAUUAUGCUCCAUUUGCUCAUCUAUUCAAAUCAGAAGUUUGAAAAUUGUUUUGAGAAGGUGUGAUAAUAGUUGUACAAUCAAAGAUGCAACUAAAGAAUCUACUAUUGAGGGAAAUAUUAAAGAGCCAAUAAAAAAUGCUGUAGAGAAAGAUAAGACAUUAGCAAACAUUACGGUUACUUCUAUGGAUGUUGAUCAUGAACAAGUUGUUUCUCAUUUCUCAGCAGAUGCUAUUGAAGCAAAUGAGCUACCUUUAAAAGACAUGAACACAGAUGAAAUCAACUGUGCUGCAUCAACUAUGGAGGCAACUUUGGAUGAUGAGAGAAUACCAACUGUUGAAGAUGUUGAGGAUUCCUUUGAAAGUUUACCAGAGGAGAUUGAUGAGGCAGAUGGUCAUUUCAAAGUAUUUGAAAAUGGAAGUCAAAGAGAAAAAAAGUUGCUUGUACACAAUAAUAAUUCUUUUACUAUAAAAGGACAGUACAAAAGUAGUACUAUUUGGAUAUGUAGUGUCAGGAACAAGAAAAUCAGAUGCCCUGCCAGUAUAAUUCAAAGAGGUAGCAAUUUUCACUUAGGUUCUAAAUCACACAUUCAUCCACCUAAAAAAAACUUAGAGCAAAACAUUGAAAUUAAACUGACAGCAAAACAAAGUGGAAAAUGUAAUAUUAAUGUAAGUGGAAAAAGAUUAGCUGAAAAUGCUAUACUCCCAUAUGCAAAUAUGGGCAAUAUCUUGAAGGUAGAUACUUGUAAAGAAAUGAUUAAUUACCAUAGAAGAAAAACUCAGCCUACUGAACCUAUUGGAAGAAAUUUUCUUUUAAAUAAUACUUUCAUACCAGAUGAUUUUUUAAGAAAAGAUAUUUUUGAAAAUGGUGAAAGAAUCAUUAUUUUCUCCACAUUGAAGCAACUCAAUCUGCUUUCAGUUUCAAAAAUUUGGUAUGUGGAUGGAACUUUUAGCAUUGUAAAACAACCUUUCAAACAGCUGUUUUCUAUUCAUUCAUUUUUGAAGAAAGAGGGAGCAUUAAAACAAGUUCCUCUACUCUUUGCUUUUAUGACAUCAAAGAAGAAAAAAGCAUACAAUAUUUUGUUUAGGGUAAGGACACUAAAUGAACUUUUGGAAUACAAAACACCAAAGAAAAUUGUUCUGGACUAUGAAAGAGCAGUAUGGAAAGCUGCAUUAGACAAUUGGGAAAGUGUUACACUAACAGGCUAUCAAAGUAAGAAACUUCCACUUAUUGAGAGCAUGAGAAGAACAGCAGACAGAUACAAAGGAAAAUUGAGACCUAGCUAUCCAGCUGAUCUUUCAUUUACUUUGAACAAUGAUUUUGUUCCUGAAAAUUUUUCAAUAAAGGAUAUUAAAAAGGAUGAUGCAAGAUAUAUCAUUUUUGGUAAUAAUCAUCAAAUCGAAUUGUUGAAAAAAGCAAAAAUAUUAUUUAUGGAUGGAACCUUCAAAGUGAUUUCAGAACCAUUUCAACAGCUUUUCACAGUUCAUGCAUUCAUAAAGAAAAAUGGAAAUUAUAAGCAAGUUCCUCUAGUUUAUGCUUUUACGAGCCAAAGAAAGAAAAAAUCUUAUAAAGCUGUUUUUAAGGUGUUAGCUGAUAUUUUAGAUGGUCAUCAACCAAAAAAAAUAGUAGUUGACUUUGAGGCAGCCUUAUUGAAGAAAUGUUUCCAACAACAACGAUUCAAGGAUGUGUUUAUGCUUAUAAAAUCAGAUCUCUCAUUUAAAAUUAUUCCACCAGUAUCUUUACUGAUAAGGAAGGGAUUUAGAACACAGAUGUUCAAGUUACCAUCUGUCAUCAUAUGCUAUAUGAUGUAUAUAUUGAAAAUUAAAUCGGUUGGAUCAUUAGGUGGAAAGCUUGUAAAUAUUGCCAAUGUGAGACAUGAUGCAAGUUGUUCAGCAUCAUCAGAAUUUCCCAAAUUUGAUGACUUUACCUUUCUAUGUGAGAAUGCUCUAGAAGAAAGAUGGCAAAAUGAUUUGAAUUGGGUAACUACAUGUGCGGGUCACUCUUGCUUGGAUCAGUGGAUUGAAAUUAAAUUUAAACAAGAAUACGAUAUUAUAGACAUGUGCCUAAAUCAACGAGUCAAUGAAAAUGAGAAAAAGCUUACAAUGAUAGAGAUUAAAUUUGAUAAUAGAUCAAUGAUUGUUAAUUUAUAUCAAUAUGAAACAUGCAUCUUACCAUUGAACGGUAUUGGAGAAGGCACUUACAGUUUAAAAAUUCAACCCAGUCAACUGACUAGUCAAGUGGUAAAUAUUGGAUUUCAGUCAAUACUUGUAUAUGCCUAUGAUAAAGAAUCAACUGUUGAGGAUACAACUUAUGCAAAUGUAGCUUUUCAUAGUUUAGGAGCUUCUUGUACUGCGUCUCGCGGUCAAUGCUUAAUGGCAAUCAAUCAAAAUGUAAACAAAUUUUGGGCACCGCAAUGCUACUCAGAUGAUGAUGGUGAUCAAUGUCGAGGACAAUUUAUACAAGUUACACUUGCAUUUCCUGUAAAGCCAGACUUUUUUUGCGUUUCUAACCCGUAA